AUGCAUACUUCCUUUCUGUAUCGCCGCGCCUACCAUUCCUCGGCCACGCCGAUCAAAUCUGCUUCUUAUCUGCUAGCCUUUCCCUCGCGAAGUGCACAGAUCCUCACCCCAUCAUCUCGUCUUUGUUUCAGCUCGUCUUCCGCGCGCUGCAUCCCACGUCAACGUCCUUUCUCCACUACCCCAUUCCAGGAACCUCGGAAGGCCUCGACGGGCUGGGCGAUCACGUUCACGGUUCUUCUCGUCUGUGGAGGAGUUUGGCUACAGGAUAAAUAUCGUGCCUUCAGAACCGAAUCCCCUCCUCAAUUGACCGCUCCCGAACCCAAGUUACUUGAAGACCAAGAUCUCUUUCUCGGCGUUAUCGACACUCUCAAGACAAUGUCUACCGAAGCCGCCCCCGGAACCGUGGGCAACCUCACCCCGGAACAAGAGGUCAAGCUCCAGGAGUUCUACGUCCUCUUGUUCAAGGUGUGCGGUGUCCAGAUGGACGGUAUCGGAGAAACCGAAGAGCGUCCUCCUAGUCCCGUACAAGAAAAGAAACCACCACCACCCAAGAAAAGAUGGACGUUGUGGGGUGGCUCCCAGGAACCGGAGCCCGCAUCAACGAGUAGCGCUACAACUGGACUCGCUUCACUCAGUAUCACUGAUGGAGAUGACAAGUUCGGCACGUCGAAGGAGUUCCAGAAGGCUCUUACCGAGAUCAAACCCGAGGACAUGCGGACUGCAUUCUGGAACAUGGUCAAGCAGGAUAACCCGGAUAGCUUGCUGCUGCGUUUCUUACGGGCACGGAAGUGGGACGUAAAGAAAGCGCUCAUGAUGUUGAUUUCAACUAUCAGCUGGAGGUUGCAAGAGGCAAAGGUGGACGAUGACAUCAUGGUCAAUGGCGAACAUCUUGCUUUGGAGCAGCUCAAGAGCAAGGAUCCUGCCGAAAAAAAGAAGGGCGAAGAUUUCAUGAAGCAAUUCCGCCUAGGCAAGAGUUUCCUUCACGGUGUUGAUAAGAGUGGUCGCCCGAUCUGCUAUGUUCGAGUCCGCUUGCACCGUGCUGGUGACCAAAACACUGAUGCUUUGGACCGAUUUACUGUGUAUACCAUUGAGACUGCACGGAUGAUGCUUGCUCCUCCCGUUGAGACUGCUUGUGUCAUUUUCGAUAUGACGGACUUUGCGCUUGCGAACAUGGACUAUCACCCCGUUAAAUUCAUGAUUAAAUGCUUUGAGGCAAACUACCCAGAAUCCUUGGGAGUGGUACUCAUCCACAAAGCUCCUUGGAUCUUCUCCAGUAUCUGGAGCGUCAUCAAGGGCUGGCUUGACCCCGUCGUCGCGGCAAAGAUCCAAUUCACAAAGAACGCCGAUGAACUCGAGCAAUUCAUACCCAAGUCACGCAUCAUCAAAGAGCUCGAAGGUGACGAAAACUGGGAAUAUAAAUACGUUGAGCCUAAGGAGGGCGAGAACGAAAAGAUCAAGGAUACCGCCAAGCGCGAUGAACUAAUUGCCCAGCGCCAAAAGCUCGCCAAGGAGCUCGAAGAGUCGACAGUCUCUUGGAUCAUCGCCGCUAGGAAGAAGGAGGAAAGCAACACCAAGGAAGUCACUAAGAAGAGAAACGACCUCAUCGGGCGCCUGCGCACCCAGUACUGGCAACUGGACCCUUACGUCCGUUGCACUGGUCUAUAUGACCGACUAAACAUCCUCCAGGGCGGGGGGAAGAUCGAAUUCUAUCCCGAGUCUACUAAGGAAAAUGAGGCCCCUAAGGAAAACGGAACUAAUGGCGAGGCUGCGAAAGCCGCGUAA